CCGAUUGUGAAAAUAGUUAAAAUUACAAUUUCAAUGUGUGUGCAGCAUGCCGAACAGUGUUCGCAAGUCGGAUGCAACCGACCUAAAAACGCCCGCACGUAAGCCAGCAACAAACAAUAACAACAAUAGCAGCAGCAGCGGCAACUCGACACCAACUUUUCGCCGGCAGCCGCGCAAAAAACGACGCAUCGACAAGGAAAAAGAUAAUGGACAAGGACAACAGCAGCUGCAGCAGCAGCUUGGCGAGUGCAAUAUUGAAGACGCCAAGGAGAUCGAUCGCCGGCUGCGGCAAGUUGCCCGAGCGAAUUGCAUCAGCAGCGAAGACAUGCACAGGGUUGUUAGACAAGUCGUCCGCAACGAGCAUGUGCUCGCGCUGGUCACACUCAAAGCCGAGGACGAGAUGGCGCGCGAGCGACACGAAGCAGCCAAAGUGGAACAGCUGCAGCAGCAACAACAGUCGCAGCAGCAGCCGCAGCGUGGCGCCAUCAUCAUUACAGAAACGCCAUCUGUUGGCAAAUUGACGCGUGCAAAGGCGCGAGAAUUGAAUCGAAAUCCAGGCUUAAAUUUCCCCCCCUUAAAUGAGAAACCGUUUACAAAUGAGAUUGAGGCGCUGAUACGCGAGGAUCUGCACUCCGAUGAGGACGACGAGGAGUACACAUUUACCAAUGAGGAUUUCCAUUCCGAUGAUGAUCCGAAUACGACAGCAUCCGAUUUGGAUUCGAAUCCUUGCACGCCACAAACACCGCUCACCGCCAACGAUGAGUCGCCCAUCAAGUUCUCUUCGGAUGGUUGCUUCAAACUGCCGCCGGAUAAGAAUACGGAGGAUCCACGCAUAGCGACGAGGACACGCUCCAAAUUGUGCCUGCAGCAGACAACAAUCGAAGAUCUGCAAUCGGAAUUUGUACCACCAGAUGUGGAACAGAGCGAUGUCCUCGAAUAUGAUAUGACAGCCAAUGAUGCCGAGUGGAUGCAGUUCCUCAACGACUUUGCCAAGCCACUGAAUAAUAGUUUUUUGGGCGACGAUGAUGAUCCGAUUAAUGAUCCGGAAUAUGUCGCCGGGGAGGUGGUGCCGGUGGAUGCCGAGGAGCUGCGCGAUGUGAACAUCUCUAAGAAGGAGCUAACCGAUUUGGUCUCGGAACUAUUUGCUGGCCUGCUGCAGGAGGGCAUCUCCCUAGACUCCAUUGAGCUGGAGACGCCGCAAAAGUUUCUCAGCCAGGUUGAACUGGAGACGGAGCGGGCACAGCUGCUGGAAGUAUCGGCUAUGCGAUUCAAUACGAACUUGGAUGCUGUGCAACAGCCACUGUUGCCCAAUCUCAGCCAGGAGCAACAGUUUUUUGCGAAUAUUCCAACGCAGGCAAUUACUGCUCAUCCUGACUAUGAGCUGACUGCUCCUCCUACAGCUCCAACACCUGCUCCUCCUCCUCCUGUUCCUCUUCCCGCUCCUGCCUUGGAACCCUAUGACACCAACUUCAGCUGGAAAUAUCUUUCCAUAAGCAAACACUUUUUUGCAGAAUACGAGCAACAAUUUGAGCAACUACGUCACUUGAAGCCUCCACCAGCUGGCCCAACACCAAGUAGCCCUGUCAAAGGCUUCACCCUGGAGCAGCAUGAUCUGCUCCAGCAACAGCUACGCAUUCACACCCAAAUGUUAACCCAAUCCUUCCUGCAAACCUAUUCGCAUCCAUUGCUCUACUCCUUUGCCGAGCAACCCAAGCAGAUGCUGCUUGAGCUGCAACACAGAUCAACGCAGGAUGCCAGUUUCCGCUGCUGGAAUCUAAGUACAGCCGUUGAACUCAUCCAGAAAUGGGAACGGGAUCUCAAUAGUGAUGAGUUCGAGGAACAAAAUAAGACCAUGAUGCAGUUCAUCAAUAAGGAAACGGAUUUAACGGAAGGACAUGCACGUCAGGUGCCACGCCUGCCGCCACGCAUUAUGGAUCUGAUGCUGGAUAGCCAGGUCUUUAUGUACCCACAAUAUCUGCCCAGGAUAGCCUUCCAGCCAAGGCGUUUACAAUUUACAGUUUAUGCUCCGGCUGAGUAUCAACUGAUUGCCAUGGGCUUGGAGAAGCAUCUGAAUGCGAUCAAGGCAAGCGGGCAACCACUACGCAAGGGUGCAGAUCCCGUGUGCCUGGCCUGCAAGCGCAUGGCCAAGGAUCUGCUCCACGGCAAGCAACCGAGAAGGUUGUUCGUCAAAGUGAAAGAACUCUGCGAUAUGGCGACAUACAAUCCCGUCAAAUAUUAUUUUGAGCAUGGACGUGCACCGCCCAUCAAGCAAAUCCUGUGGGGCUUCGAGGGCGGACUGGUGCGCACGCCGCGGGAACAGCCCGAAAUCCUGCCCAGUGCCUGGAAAUAUUACAUUGAGAAAAACUGGUGCAACAAGAAACGCGUGCGUCGCACAAAAAAGGAGCUGCAAAGCCGGGCCUCAACAGCAGCAAGUGCGUCGUAUUUGGAAUUUGUGCGCGAAGCGGUGGGCGAAGUAUUAAUAUUACCCGACGCGGUGGGCGAGGCAGCAGCACCCCAUGGCAGCGCUACAGGAUCAGGGACACAGUGGGACACCAACAAGAGAAGAUCACCUACAAAAGCCAGUAGCAAGCCGCGUCGCAGUGGCAACAAAUCCUUCAAAGAGUCAAAUCAAUCGCUGAUUAUCAAUGUGAAUUACGUUUUUGGCGGUGAAAUUGGCGCCAAUUCUACAGUUGCUGCUGGCAUCUCGGCGCCCUUUCGACCCCAACAGAGUUAUGCGCAAAAUGUGGUCAAUUUGAAUCGUAGCUGGCAAUUGAGAAGCAGCGAGCCAGCAAUAAAUUAUAGCUUUGAUCCGGCAUCGGGGAAACUGUUGCCAGCAGCCGAGGAGCAGCUCCAAAAGUCUGCGGAGCGGACCAAGACAAAGAGUGCUCCUCCUGCAGGCCAGCGCAAAAAGCGCAGCAGGCCACAUUGUUACAUCUACAAGCGAAGCAAGAAAUUUCAGCGACGUUGUCGCUUAAAAUCAUCAUUAUCCACAUCAUCUACAUCAAGAUCAGCACCAUCUUUGCGUUGCCUGCAACUAAUCACCUGCUACGGCAGCUACCUGCACCAGCAGCGAAAGAAAUACUCUAAUUGCCCAGCUGUGCAGCAUUAUCAUAGAGGAUUCCUUGGACUCGAGCUGUACACGCAGCUGCUUGUGGAUCUGAGAAUGUUUUGUGACAGUCAUCAGACAAGUCAAUCGCCUAGCCAAUCCUCCUCGUCGGGUUCACCACAACAGCAGAAGCGACAGCGUUGCGAGGAUGAAGCAAGGAAUCGGCGAGCCAAUCGCCAGGAGGAGAUGCUUCGACACAUGCUGCAGCCGGAUAGUCCCGAGGAGCGAAAUCGCAAGGAUGCCACCUUUGCGUACAACUUUUAUGAGAAAGUGGAGGAGGCGCUCUUGAUGUCCGAUCGCCUCGAGGACUGCCACAGAUUCAAUCAGCUGCUACAAACGUUUGAUCCCAAGCAGGAUAAAGUCAGUGAUUUGUAUUUGAAAGUGGAAAAACUGCUACUGCCCGAUUAUCCUGAGCUCGCUGAGGUAUUUCUCAAUUUUCUACUACCUGCCGAAGCCGCGGAACUUGGCAAAUUCUUUGAGUACUUUAUGAUUACGAAUGCGAGCAAUUUCAUCAACAAGCUGAAUGUCUACUUUAGCAAACAGCCAGCGCAAAUACGCAAAAUCUAUGCCUGCCUCAGCGAGCUGGCCGAGCUGCCCAGCGUCAGCAUGAAGAAGGUCGAGGCGAGGAUAUUGCCACUCCUCAAGGGUAAUCAAUUCCUGUGUGAUUGGUUCGUUCAGCAGUUUCCGCAGGCAAAGCCACCGCAGCUACUGCUGCCCCCGGCGGAGAAAACGAAUCUGCACGAGAUGUUGGCCAACACCAGCGGUGAAUUUGCGGAAACGCUCCACGAUGUGCCUGAUGAGACGCCCGUGCAGGGAAAAGCACCUGCGUGUCAGCUGCGUUAUCUCAACGGACGCAUCUUCUACGGCUCCAAGAUAAUGCUGCCAGCCAAGCUAUCAUUUCGUGCCGCUAGCAUCUACAACGAGCAGUGCCAUGAUUUAUUGACCGGUGAUCCCUUGAGCUGUGCCCACGGCGGAGUCCGUGUGCUCGGCGAGAAGCUGAUUAGUGCAGCGGCCGCUGUGGACAGCGAUGAUGCCGCAGAUCGCAGCGAGGAAGAUGAUGCAAGUCGCUCCCUGGUUAUCGACACAACGACUACGACACCGACGACAAUGACGACUACAACGGGCGAGGAUGAGAACUGUGGCUCCUCCGUGGACACCUGUGAUGAUGCUGCAUUGCGUGCUCAUGCCAUCCGUCUAAAUGGCAGCUAUUACAAUAGCAGCUUUAACAAUGCUGCCACCAGCACACCCCACAUGACCCACUAUCAUCAUCAUCAGCAUCAUCAUGCACCGCAUCAUCCGAGUGCAAAGAAGACGGCAAUUAAUUUUGGCGAAAUAUCGCCACGUCGACAAACCAGCUCGAAUCUAUCACCGCUUUCGGGUCUGAGUCCGUUGCCCGCUGCUGCUGGUCUCUCGCCGCAGCCGUCGGACAAACGCAAGUCACCCAACAAGAAGGUGCGCUCUCCGCAGUCAGCUGGUGCUGCUAGUGGUGGUCCGUUGGCACGUCCACGCUACAAUCUGCAGCCCAUGGUGGUUAUCCAGGGGGCGACAGCUGCACGUGCCUCGCCGGCCAUUGAGUUUGCCAAGCGGCUGCGCACGCUGAUCGGCGAAGAAGAGUCGCUGGCGAACGGGGAGGUGGCGCUCGAGGAGAUGGAACUCGAGGUGACGACGCAGGAGUCGGCGCUCGAGGAGACGGCGCUGGAGGAGAUUGCACUAGAAGAGUCAGCGCGCGAGGAAUCGACACACGAGGAGUCGACUUUCGAGGAGAUUGCGCCUAAGGACUCGACGCCCGAAGAGUCAACGCCCAAAGAAUCAGCACCCGAGGAAUCAGCAGACAAAAAGAUGAACAUUAAAAUCAUAGCGCAAGCGAAACAUAAUCCCGGCACAGAGAUUGCUAAACUGAAACAUGAUCCAGAGGAUGAAUUGUUGCCGUUUGCUGCCAUUAAAAUGGAUGUGGAAGCGGAGCUGUUGCCAACGCAUGUGAUCACCACACAAUUCGAUAGCGAUGAGGAUUGUAAAUUGGAUGUGGUCGCCUCGCUGGCCAAUUGCUCUGUGGAACAGGAUAUACAGGUGGCAUCCGUUGCAUACACAAGUCCAAGCAUCAAUGCAAUCGAGCCAGCUGCUGCCGGUGAUUCUUCUGCUGCUUGGACACGGGAGGAGGACAAGGUGAUACUCAUUGAGAUGAAGCGGGGGGCGAGGGAUCGUGAGCAUCUCAUCAAGCGGAUGGGCGACAUUCUUCGCAAUCGGAACGAGCUCGAGCUGCGCACACGUCAUCAAUUUCUCAUGGAUUUCCUGUCCAAGUUGCAGGGCAAAUAAUCGCUUAAAGCUAAGCUAAUUUGAACUUCAUUAAUUGUCAAGUGUUCUAUUUGGAUCAAUUUGGAUUUUGCACUCACUGAGACUGAGAUCUAAGAACACACACACCCGAAAGUAUUGCAGCAUGGUACAGUAAAACCUGAUCCUUAACUGAUUUUUCAAAAGUACCUAAGAAAAACACAUUACUCUAAUAAAAUAAUAAAUAAAUGUAAAUAAGUCUAGUUAUAAGUUAUAGAGCAAGUUGUAAAUAGAGUGUAAUAUUAUUUGGAGCUGUUGUUUCGUAUAUUCCUUGGAUAUGUUUGCAGUUGCCUGUUCUGGAGAUAAAUGGGGAUAUUUACAUAUAAAAAAAAA